AUGAAACCAUACUGGAAUAGACGAACUGAGCUGUACGAGGAGUUAGGUUGUGUUAUGUGGGGCCACCGAUUGGUGGUGCCCGAACAAUGUAAAGGUAAAAUUUUAAAAAUCAUUCACGAACCACACAUGGGCAUAGUAAAGUCGAAGGCACUCGCGCGUAGCUACGUGUGGUGGGCGGGCCUGGAUGAGGCGGUGGAGCGAACGUGCCGGGAGUGCGCGGCGUGCGCGGCGCAGGCGGACUCGCCGCCGCGACAGACCCCGCGCAUGUGGCCUUGGCCCGCGCGGCCCUGGUCCCGGCUUCACCUCGAUUUUUUGGGACCUAUCGCCGGGAAAACUUACCUAGUGGUCGUGGAUGCGACAUCAAAGUGGUUAGAGAUUUUUAAUAUGUCGGGCAUCUCCGCAAGCUACUUAAUUGAUCGUUUAAACGAGUUAUUUAGCAGAUUUGGCAUACCGCGGCAAAUCGUAACUGAUAAUGGGGCGCAAUUCACCUCAAAAGAGUUCGAGUAUUUUAAUAAGUUUAAUGGCAUCGAGCACGUAUUCACGGCCCCGUAUCAUCCGGCGUCGAACGGGUUAGCAGAAAACGCCGUUAAAACCCUUAAACGCGUUAUUAAAAAGGCGAUACAAGAAAAGCAGAACAUAAAUAGAGCUUUGUGGUCUUUCCUACUAUAUUAUAGAAAUGUGGAACACUCUACGACCGGCGAGAGCCCAGCUAUGCUCCUGCUCGGCAGACGGGUUAGGACGCGUUUGGACGCUAUCAAACCAGAUAGGGAAGGUCACGUACGGCGGGCACAACAGCGUCAGCAGGAGGCGGCCACCGGCGCUAAUAGAAAUCUCGAUAGGUCGGACGAGGUUUGGUACCGGCAGUACCUCAAGGGAGAAAAGUGGAUUCCGGGUCAAAUAGUAGAGGUUUUGGGGUCUAGUAGUUACAAGAUAAAAGGUACAGGUGGGGAGGUUGUGCACAGGCACAUAGACCAGCUGCGGAAACGACCUAGCGAGGGCAGGUUAUCGCUUGCCUCUGCCACGCCUAGGUUAAGCAAUCGGGUAGACGAAGCGAACUCUCAAGGCUCAGAUCCCGGUGGCGCGGGAUCGGAGGAGGACAAGUCGGAGGUGUCGGCGGGAGCGGGGACGCCGCGCGCGGUCGAGCCGCCGGCGUCGCAGCCGCAGCCCGCUCCGGCUUCACCGGGCGGGGAACACUUAUUAUCUCCUACCAAUAUAGGGAGGGGUCGCCCCAUUAGGCAGUGUAGGUUAAAUAGGCCUAAGUAG